AUGGUUGCUUAUUCUACAGCUUCUGCCACACAUGCAGCCACACAUACAGCCACACAUACAGCCACACAUGCAGACACACAUGCAGCCACACAUGCAGCCACACAUGCAGCCACACAUACAGCCCCACAUACAGCCACACAUGCAGCCACACAUGCAGUCACACAUGCAGCCACACAUACAGCCCCACAUACAGCCACACAUGCAGCCACACAUACAGCCACACAUACAGCCACACAUGCAGCCACACAUGCAGCCACACAUGCAGCCACACAUACAGCCACACAUACAGCCACACAUGCAGCCACACAUGCAGCCACACAUGCAGCUACACAUGCAGCCACACAUGCAGCCACACAUACAGCCACACAUGCAGCCACACAUGCAGCCACACAUACAGCCACACAUACAGCCACACAUACAGCCACACAUGCAGCCACACAUACAGCCACACAUACAGCCACACAUGCAGCCACACAUACAGCCACACAUGCAGCCACACAUGCAGCCACACAUGCAGCCACACAUACAGCCACACAUGCAGCCACACAUACAGCCACACAUGCAGCCACACAUGCAGCCACACAUGCAGCUACACACGCAGCUACACAUACAGCCACACAUACAGCCACACAUGCAGCCACACGUACAGCCACACAUGCAGCCACACAUGCAGCCACACAUACAGCUACACAUGCAGCCACACAUACAGCCACACAUGCAGCCACACAUACAGCCACACAUACAGCCACACAUACAGCCACACAUACAGCCACACAUGCAGCCACACAUACAGCAUUGAGAACAUUUUCCCAGUGA